CAAUUCGCUCUUGUAACAUCUGCGGUAUAUAUUGAGCUUAUGACUAUGCUAAUUCAUCAGUUCCACCGCGGAAGUGAAAGAAGAAGGAUCGAAAUGUUCGCUAAAGCUUUGAUCCUCGCUUUUGCCGUUGGGGCAUCCUACUGUCAGGAGCAUCAUUAUGCUCUCAAAACGUUAAUGCGCCAUGAACAACCUCAGGAAUAUGUUCACCACCAGGCUCCAGAGCUUUCAACGCACAAGGCACCAGCCCCCAUCUACGAAGUGCAAUAUCAAACUGUUCCAGAGAGCCAGGAACAGGGCGUGUCAUCGCAAGCCAUUCAUCACCAACCUUCUGCUGAUCAUGAAAUCCAGUUGACAAGCGCAAAGGAAGCUGAACCAGCGUACGUUUACGUACAGCAGGAAAAACAGCCAGUCCAUUUCCACCAUGGCAUUUCCCUGCAGUCACUAUACAAGCACGCAGCUGCUGCUCAAAAAGUUCCUGCCACGCAUAAAUACCAAGCUCACCAUGAGCCGUCACACUACGGAUCGCACUACAACCACGAAGCUUUAAGCCAUCACCACGCUGCUCAGCAACAUGCCUCUGAGCAUCACGCUCCAUCCCACCACGCUGCCCAUUCCGAGGAAUCCCAUGAAGAGCCUAUCGACUAUUACGCUCACCCUAAGUACCAGUAUGAGUACAAAGUAGAGGACCCGCAUACCGGAGACAACAAGUUCCAGCAUGAAGUACGUGACGGAGAUGUCGUGAAGGGUGUCUACAGCUUCCAGGAGGCCGAUGGCUCCAUCAGGACUGUGGAGUACACGUCCGACAAGCAUAAUGGAUUCAACGCGGUUGUGAAGCACACGGCGCCGAGUCAUCACGCGCACACCAAGCAUCACCACGAGAACUAAAAUUUAAGCUGUUUUAUUGUUUGUUGUUACAUGUGUAAUUAUAACUUAAUUUAUUAAUCUUUCUUUACUUUUCCACUAAGUUUUUCCUAUUAAUAAAUGUAAGAUAAUACGUUCAGCUUGAA